AUGGCUCAUUUUGCAAUAUUUAUGCUUUUGAUUGCUUUGGUUACUAUGUUAGUUUGUGUUGCACCAUGUUUUGAAGCAAGAAGACAAUUGAACAACAUGGAUAAGAAGGUAAAUAACCUGGCUUCUUCGGCCCCAUGCAAAGAAGGUCAUGUUUAUGGUAACUUGAAUCCUGGCCCUAGUCCUGGAGCCGGCCAUUCUGGCCCACCUGGUCCUGGAAUGGGUCAUGUUUAUGGUAACUUAAAUCCUGGCCCUAGUCCUAGGGACGGCCAUUCUGGCCCACCUAGUCCCGGAACGGGCCAUGUUUAUGGCAACUUGAAUCCUGGCCCUAGUCCUGGAGCCGGCCAUUCUGGUCCACCUGGUCCUGGAAUGGGCCACGUUUAUGGCAACUUGAAUCCUAGCCGUAGUCCUGGAGCCGGCCAUUCUGGCCCACUUGGUCCUACAAUGGGCCAUAAUCCUGGCCUUAGUCCUGGAGCCGGUCAUUCUGUCCCACCUGGUCCUGGAAUGGGCCAUGUUUAUGGCAACUUGAAUCCUGGCCUUAGUCCUGGAGCCGGUCAUUCUGUCCCACCUGGUCCUGGAAUGGGCCAUGUUUAUGGCAACUUGAAUCCUGGCCCUAGUCCUGGAGCCGGCCAUUCUAGCCCACCUGGUCCUGGAAUGGGUCAUGUUUAUGGCAACUUGAAUCCUUGCCCUAGUCCUAGAGCCGGUCAUUCUGGCCCACCUGGUCCUAGAAUGAGCCAUGUUUAUGGCAACUUGAAUCCUGGCCCUAGUCUUGGUGCCGACCAUUCUGGCCCACUUGGUCCUGGAAUGGGCCAUGUUGAUCGUAGGUUUAUGUCAGUCUCGAGUCAUGAUAUUGGUCAAUGA